AUGGCGCUGAUUGCAGCUAUUGGCAAGACGAGAACAAGGCUUAGCCCAACCGGAGUCCCCAGCCCCGCGGCCGAGAGUGGCUCUUUACCCCUGGAAUCUGUUCCUGCACAGACUGUAGGGCAAAGUGCUGAGCCUUCUGACAGCAAUGUGGAUAGAAUCGGCUUCGUGAGGAGUCCUGGCGAGUACGAGGAUGUUGAGUCCCUCAGUGAGGAUCACAGCACUCCUGUUUGGGUGUUUGAGAACACACAAUCACAAAGUUACAGCCCAGAGUCAAAAACAUAUUCAAGGGAGCUGGUUUUUCUGGAAACCCCCCCCCAUGGGAAAUCCUUUGUUUCUGAGGAUGAGGCUGAGGUUGAAGACAGCAGACUGCCAGUCCCUCAGUUGGAGUUCAUGUCAGACUCUGGUUUUUCCACGCAACAGGAUAGCCUGCAGAAUUGGAUUGCUUUAACUUCACCGUCUUCGGCUUCUUUUUCACCGUCUAUCAAAAACACUGGAACUGUGCAGACAGCUGCAGACGACACACAGUCAUAUUUAUUGCCAGAGAAGAGGACUGUUUAUAUUUCAUUCAAGCAGCCAAAACAACCAGACUUGGAGCCUCUAAAUCCUCUCAGAGCUGAACUCCAGAAUUUCCCGUCAUCUGUCAAGGCCAAUUCAUCGGAUCCAUUUUCUUUGCCGCUUUGUUCUGUUGAAAGAUUAUCUAACCUCUCCGUGACCUCUGCAGCGCCACGGAGACGAAGUGACUGUUUCCCUUCUAUGCGUUUCCCUCCAUCCUCCGUAUCGGACAGCUCCACAUCCGCCAGAAGGUUGUCCUUGGGGGCUGACCCUCUGUGGACCAACUACCCUGACCGCAACGUCCGGGCUGGCUUCAUCGACACACAUUGUCAUCUGGACAUGCUCUACGGAAAGCUGGGCUUCAGAGGGACGUUCGGUCGCUUCAGGCAGACCUACAGAAGCAGCUUCAGUCCCGAGUUUCAAGGCUGCAUUACAGACUUCUGCAACCCGCACAUCAUGGUGAAGGAGGCCCUGUGGGAAGGUUUGCUUUCUGAGGACAUGGUGUGGGGGGCAUUUGGCUGCCACCCGCAUUUCGCCAAAGGCUACUCAAACACUCAGGAAAACAACAUACUAAUGGCAAUGAGGCAUCCAAAAGCGGUGGCGUUUGGUGAAAUGGGCCUGGAUUAUUCCCACAAAAACUCUACUGACUCUUCAAGGCAAAAACAAGUGUUUGAGCGUCAGCUGCAUUUGGCCGUGGCCAUGCAGAAACCUCUGGUGAUCCACUGCCGGGACGCAGAUGACGACCUGCUGGAGAUCAUGAAAAAGUGUGUGCCCAGAGAUUACAAGAUUCACAGACACUGUUUCACAAACAGUUAUUCUGUGAUCGAGCCUUUCCUGACAGAGUUCCCCAACCUGUAUGUGGGCUUCACAGCUCUGAUCACCUACACCAGGGCCAGGGAAGCCCGAGACGCAGUUCGCCAGAUCCCUCUGGACCGCAUCGUCCUGGAGACGGAUGCACCGUAUUUUCUGCCAAGACAGGUUAGCAAAGAUGUGUGCCGGUUUUCUCACCCAGGAAUGGGUAUCCAUACGCUACAUGAGCUGAGCUGGCUGAAGGGGGAAGAUGAGGCCACGGUGCUCAGCACCAUCCGAAACAACACUGCUCUGCUUUACGGCAUUUGAUUCUUCCACAGGUCGACACUUAAAAACACGAGAAAAAAAAAACAAGAAAAAACGGUAUGGUCAAUCCUCAAUGUGUUCUUCUGCUAAUGAAACACCCUGCACUGAUUUUUGUUUUAAAGUUAUCAACCCAACAAGCUCACAUGUUGGAGUUUGAAGAAGCAAUUUAUUUUUAUUUUUAUUUUUUAAAGUGAAAUACUCAUUUUUGGAUCUAGUGAAUAAUAAAUGUUUUAAGAAAAAAGACAAACACAUGAGACACUGUAUGCGCCUCGCCUGGUUGUAUUUUAUGUCAUCGUUUACGCAAAUUAAUUCUAAAGCAGUUUUAAGUUUUCUUUUUUUGCAUGGAGCCGAAUAUUAUUUGUUCUAAUAUGUCUGCAUGUUUAUGUCGUCCGCUUGCUGUGCAGUGUAGUUUGGUUUAAUGUGGCGGAGAUGCAUUAAAAGCCUUUUAAGAGUGA